UCGGCGAGGCGACGCGCACGAAGACAGAGAGAGCGGCGUGGCGGAGCGAGCCGGCGGAAAAGCGAGCCGUUCCUUCGGUUCAGUCGCAGUCACGAAGCGGCGCCGAGCACCACCACUCGGCCGCCUCUUUCUCUUUCGCGCUCGCGCGCGCGCGUCUAUAAUUAAACAUCGGUGGAGGAGCAAAAGUGUCGGGGACGAAGGAGAGCGCGCGUUCCUCCUCUUUGUCCGUUCCCUUUUUUUCAUCCUCCUCCUCCGCCGCUGAACCGAACGAUGAAUUUUUCUCGUGAACCGCCGACUCCGACUCGACGCGUUCCGCCGCUUCUUCGCUUCUCGGCUAUAAUUAACAACUACGUUUCCUUCUAACGCGUUCAGUUCUUCUCGUCUCGCGAUCAUGCCGAACGCGUGCCCCUCCGACCGACCUCUCCACUCGAGAAACGUUCUUCGUACCGAGACGCGGUGGUGAGACGUCGACCGACAGAUGGAUCGUGGCCGUCGUUAGAGGAUAGCGCGAAUACCGUUCGCCCUUCUCGAACCUUGACCGUGAGUCUCCUCUCCCGAUUCUCGCGUUUAAACGCGUUUCUAUUUUUAUCCGGUCGGUACGCGUAGACGGGCGCGCGAGGUCGCGUCGAUCCUCGAAAGUGUAAAAGCACGUUUUUGGUGAAUCAAGUUUGAUCAACGAAGAGGAGGAGGAGGAGGAAGAAACAUCGAGGAUCCCGGCUUCGAGAGUUGGAUAGCGGAUUCGCUCGCGAUGCGCGAGUGACGAGAAGAAGAGAGGAGAGCGGGGAUACACCGGCGAGGAACCGAGCUGCGGAGAAACGACGAGAAGAGAGAGAGAGGACGAUUCGAAACGACCGAUGAGAUGACAGUGUUGUGCGCGUUGUGGGCGACAUUGUCCACCGUGGCAUCGAUCCUCGCCUGUUCCGGAUUUUACCUGCCUUAUUGGAUUCAGGGACGACUACUGGGAAAGGCGGACGCGUAUUUUGGUUCCUUUCGACGGUGCAACUAUCCACGGAUAAGGGCGGCGAACACCGCUCCCGAAAUAGUUUACGAGUGCGCCAGAUACUCCAGCUUCUGGGACAUUCCGAGCGGUUGGUGGCAGGCGAGCACGGUCACCAUGGGGAUCGGGGUCGCGAUCGCGGUGAUCGGCGCCCUCACCCUGCUCGCGGCCGCCUCCACCUUCCUCCCGCACAUCCUCAAAACUCCGAGGCACACCAGGGUGCUCGGCUCUCUCCAGUUGCUCGCCGCAGCGAUGAUAUGCGGCGGUCUGGUCAUGUAUCCGAUAGGAUGGGACAACAGGGAAGUGCGGGAGUCUUGCGGGAAGGGUGCUAACGUGUACAAUCUCGGAAAGUGUUCCGUUUCAUGGUCGAGCUAUCUGCUGGUAGGCUCGGUGGCGCUGUUGAUGCUAUGCUUCGGGCUGAGCUUCUGCGCUGCGCGACACAAGCCGUCCAACCCGCACACCGAUCCUCUGCGCAUUUGACAAUCGAGAUACUCUCAAUCGAUUCACGCCUAUGCCUCGCCGAAGACGACCACCCUCUCCUUCGUCACGGUCUGUUGAGCCGUGAGGAGGGCGAGGAGAAGGAGAAGGAGAGAAGCAGCAACAGGAGGAGAAGCAUCGAGAAGCGUCUCAUCCGGGUACGAGCACACCGCGCACACGUCACGCGACAAACCACACACGUCGCACGAGCCACGCGUCACGCGUCACGCACGCUUCCCACCCGACUACCCGAUCGUUUUACCUUAUCUAAGAACGAAACUUUGCUCCUUCCACUCGUGCGCACAGCGUUGCCACGUUUCCACCAUGUUUUUUCGCGACCAACUUCUCCACGGUUCUACGAGGAGAGGGGAUACGCGGAAUAUGUGGGCGAAUAGCGUAAAGCGUUGAAAACCGUGCGAGAUUCUCGAUCGAGCGUUCGAUCCAAACGAUUUUCAUUUCCCUUCCGAUUCCUCGAUUAUUCUUUUUUUUCCACGUGACGGUAACUAAAGAGUCUUCUCGAUACGCUUUCGAAACUUCUGCUCGAGAGAGAGAGAGAGAGAGAAAGAGAACAAAAAGAGAAACGUUUGGAACAGCAAAUGUUUCGGACAGGUAACGACGUACAACAGAGUUCGUUAGCCGCAAACUUCUCUCUCUGUGAUCUUUGCGACUCUAGAAACUAGCAUCUCGUCGUUUCGGUACUUCUCUUUGACUCCCUCCUCCCUUCACCCCGCGCCUUUGCUCGAAAGACUUUGCUAAAAACUUUCUCUCGUUCGUGGUUCGGAAAGCGCGUAUACGUAUAAAGAAUUUCAAAGAUUUCGUUCAAAGCGACGAAACGUUUAAAAAGCCACGUCGAUUUUUCUCCUCCCUCUAAUUUGCACACGAGGCGCGCAAAAAAUGGAGAGAAAGGGGAGGGAUUUUUCUCGCGAAAAAUGCGGAUUGUCGGAUUAUUACGUCGAGCGAUCGAUCGAAGAUCGAACCCCCGCGUUACGGGAUUUCUUGGAGAAAACAACGGAAUCCAUUAUGAAGAAAAUAUGCCCCUUCUUGCUCCUUUCUUCCUUCCUUUUUUUCUUUCGCGCAAUUGUUGUUAUUAAACCGAGAACGAUUCCUCGAGGGAGAAGCGGCUUAAACGAAUGGUAAUUUAAAUGGUAAUCGCGCCAAGUUGGAUUUAAAACUCGCGCGUUUGCAACGUUGUCGUUCCAACACCGCGAUGAAAAUUAUUACGCGCCUCCCCUUCUUCUUUCUACUAGCGAGAAUAUGUUCUUCGAACUAGAUCGAGGCGAGAAUCCCAAUUUUUUUUUUUUAAAUCUGAUCGAUCUCCCUGGAAACAAGGAGGGCGAGGAUCGAUUUCGAGGCAUCGGAUUUCCGCGAGCAGGAAGCGCGACUGGUUUGGUAUCGGUGUAAAGCCACCACCGAUGGAGUUCCAUUAAGGGAGGAACGAGCGCGACUUUGCUUCCUUUUCCAUCCUUUUCGAUGGCCCUGGAGAGAGAGAGGGGGGAAAUAGCCCCGAAUAUCCCGGGGCGAGUGGUUAUCGACGAAAGUCGGGAUGAAACAAAGUUGGAAAACUCGUUCGCUCGCGACCCAUCCCCCCCCUCGAGUCCUUCUUUCUCUUCGACCUGUUGCCAGAAUUCCUUGCUUUCGAGCAAGGUCGCGAAAUAGGAUAUUCCCGAUCCACCGUUUUUUUCCCAUCCAGCGAGAUGCACGCAAUUUGCAAAUACUUCUCCUCGCCACAAACGAUCGAAUUCGACUUCCUGACUUUCGUGAGAAAGAGAGAGAGAGAGAUUGUGUGCCGAAAGAAUUCUCGUUCCGCUUCAACGAAUUAAUUAAAUCAAUUAAAACGAGCUUUAUAUCUGCAAUUUUUGAUGGGCGAAAUGUACAUGUGAAAGGAACAAGUUAUUCAAGACGAUCGAGAGGAAUCUCAAAAUUAUGUCGGCAAAAUUUGAGAAUGACUCACCGGUUUAUGCGCUAUUGAUAGAUUGCAAAAGUAUUCGAACGUUGGUAUUAAGUGUUUUUACGUUCAGAGCUAUCGUUUCAUCGAUAAUAAAAGUGUGAAAGAGAAUGAAGAAAGGAAAUGGAAUAGCGAGAUAGGAAAAAUUGUAGAUCCACGUUACAUCAUAAGAGAAACAAAAAACUAAAGGGACGAAUAAAGCUGUAUAUAGGCCGGAGAGCUAAAGAUGGACCGAUGUCCAAUUAGACGGUCGGAUCGAUGGAGAAAAGCGGAUAGCGAUUACGUAACUUUAAGCGAAAGGUGGAAGAGAAGGAGGAGGAUUCGAAAAUCAGGAUCAGCCGACAGCGAGAUCGUUUUCGUAAACUCUUUGACAGGGUACUCGGGGGAGGAGGAGGAGGUAAAUUCGAAUCGCGACGGUUUUGUAACCGGUAACUCCCCUUUGCUCCUUAUUUGCAUGUAAAUUGCCGGCCGUACGACGACACGACGGGAACACGACGGAGAAAAAUAUAAAGGAGGAACGGCACUCUCUCUUUCUCUCUCUGUUCGCUUGUUAUUCACCCGAUCGAACAUCGAAGAAUUCGUUAGAUUGGGUGAAAAAAAAGAAAGAGACGCGCGAAUAAUGCGUCACGGAGUCGUAGCAGAAACGGAGCCGUCAUCGACGCGUAAAUUUAGCGUUGUAUUUUUCUAUUUUUCUUCUCUUUCUGUCUCCCUCCCUGUCCCCUUCUUCCGCUCGAAUCGAGAAUCAAUCGCGCGGAAACUGGACGUUUCGAAGAGUCGGCGGUGCCGUUAUCCACGAUGGAAAUCGUACACACACGCGCACGUAUACGCGCGCACGGUCGGAUCGCCGUCUCUCUUUUCCUUAAGGGAGAGGGAGGGGAGGGGGCGGGUGAAUUCCGAUCCAUCCGAAGGAACACCACUCGCAUAGAGCAAGUUUACUCGUUGUACAUAUUAUACAUAUUAUACGGUACAGUAACGAAAUGAAUAUUCGGUAUGGGGUAAAUGUUGCAUCGCAUUAUUAUAUUUUAUAAUAAAAUUGAAAUAAACCAA